UGGAGCGAUGCAUGAGUGUGAUGCAGUCCGGGACACAGAUGGUGAAGCUGAAGGCUGGAUCCAAAGGGCUGGUGAGACUUUUCUACCUGGAUGAACAUUGCUCUUGCAUCCGCUGGAAGCCCUCACGCAAGAGUGAGAAGGCCAAGAUCACCAUUGAUUCACUGUACAAAGUGACAGAGGGCAGUCAAUCAGACAUCUUCCAUCGGCAUGCAGAGGGCAGCUUCGACCCAGCCUGCUGUUUCACAGUGUACCAUGGAAACCACAUGGAGUCCCUCGAUUUGGUGACAACAAAUACAGAAGAGGCCAGGACCUGGAUAACUGGCCUCCGCUAUCUGAUGGCCGGGAUCAGUGAUGAGGACUCACUGGCCAAACGGCAGCGUACACAUGACCAGUGGAUGAAGCAGACGUUUGAAGAGGCUGAUAAGAAUGGAGAUGGCUUCCUGAACAUCGACGAGAUCUACCAACUCCUCCACAAGCUGAACGUUAAUCUGCCUCGCAGGAAGGUCAAGCAAAUGUUCCAGGAAGCAGACACAGACAAUCAACAGGGCACGCUGACGUACGAUGAGUUCUCCGUCUUCUACAGGAUGAUGUCUUUGAGGCGGGAUCUAUUCCUGCUGAUGAUUGCAUACAGUGACAGGAAGGACCACCUGACAGCGGAGGAACUGGCCAACUUUCUGCACAACGAGCAGAAGAUGGUCAAUGUGACUCCAGAGUACAUUGCAGAAGUCAUUGACAAGUUUGAGUUGUCUGAUGAGAAUAAACAAAGAGGCGUCAUGGGGAUUGAAGGUUUUACAAGUUUCAUGCGCAGUCCAACGUGUGACAUUUUCAACCCUUUGCAUCAUGAGGUGAAUCAAGACAUGGAGCAGCCUCUGUGUAACUACUUUGUCGCCUCCUCUCACAACACAUAUCUGACUGGAGACCAGCUUCUCUCCCACUCCAAGACUGACAUGUAUGCCUGGGUGCUGCAGUCUGGCUGCCGAUGUGUGGAGGUGGACUGUUGGGACGGACCUGACGGAGAGCCAAUGGUCCAGCACGGUUACACUCUGACCUCCAAGAUCACAUUCAAGUCUGUCUUAGAGACCAUCAAUAAAUAUGCCUUCAUAAAUAACCAAUACCCAGUAAUUCUGUCAAUAGAGAACCACUGUACCAUCCAGCAGCAGAAGAAGAUUGCUGUAUAUCUCAGAGAAAUCUUUGCUGACAAACUGGAUGUGGGAAAUGCACUGAACAGAGACUCCAAAACAUUACCCAGUCCUAACAGCCUACUGGGCAAGAUACUCAUCAAAGGAAAGCGUCUGCCUGCCUAUCUGUCUGCAGACGCUGAGGAAGGGGAGGUGUCCGAUGAUGACAGCGCUGAUGAAAUUGAGGACGACUUUAAGCUCAAGAGCAGUAAUGGGAAUGGUCAUCACCAGGUAGAGUCUCACAUCAGAAAGAAACUGGACUCUCUACUGAAGGAGUCUCGCAUUGGAGACAAGGAAGAUACGGACAGCUUCAGCAUCAGAGCCCUGCUCCGAGCCACUCACCAGGGCCUGCAGAAGAACCUGCGGCAGAGCUCCAAAGGUGUACUGAAGAAAUCCCAGAGCAGAUCCUUCAUCACGACGCUCAAACAGAAGAGGCACUCCAAAUCCAGGCUGACAUGCCAAAGUGUGGACAAGGAGGACGACAGUGACGAGAGGUCUGGGAAUGAGGCUGGAGGACAGUUCAACAGGGGUGGAAGGAAGAGGAAGACGAUGAAACUGAGUAGAGAUCUGUCAAACCUGGUGGUGUUCACCAACUCUGUUGCCUCGCAGGAGUGUCUGAAUGAAGGUACUCCAGGUGAUGUUUUGUCAUUCAGUGAAACCAGAGCCCAGUCUCUGGUGAAUCACAGAGCUGAAGACUUCUUGGUGUUCAACCAGAGGCAGCUGUCACGGAUUUACCCCUCAGCCUAUCGCAUUGACUCGUCCAAUUUCAACCCCCAGUUCUACUGGAAUGUGGGCUGUCAGUUGGUGGCCCUGAACUACCAGACUGAAGGCAGAAUGAUGCAGCUCAACAGGGCCAAGUUCAUGGUGAAUGGAGGUAUUGGCUAUGUCCUCAAGCCCCCUCCCAUGUGUAAAGGCUCCUUCAGCCCAUUCAGUGCUGACCCACUUCCAGCUUACCCCAAAAAACAGCUAAUUCUCAAAAUCAUUAGUGGACAGCAGUUGCCCAAACCUCCAGAUUCCAUGCUGGGGGACCGUGGAGAGAUUAUUGAUCCAUUUGUUGAAGUGGAGAUCAUCGGUCUGCCAGUUGAUUGCUGCAAGGAACAGACACGAGUUGUUGAUGACAAUGGUUUUAAUCCAGUAUGGGAAGAGACCUUGUCUUUCACGCUCCACAUGGCUGAGGUAGCUUUGGUGCGCUUCCUCGUCUGGGACCAUGACCCUAUUGGACGGGACUUUAUUGGUCAACGGACUGUUGCCUUCAGCAGCCUGAUGCCUGGUUACAGACAUGUUUACUUGGAGGGACUGACGGAGGCUUCCAUCUUUGUGCAUGUGUCAGUGCAUGAUGUCUAUGGGAAGUGGAGCCCUCUAGUCCUGAACCCCAGCUUUACCAUAAUGCACUUUCUAGGUGCUAAUAAGGGUAAUCAGCUGCGAGGUAUCCGGAGUUUGUUUAACCGCUCUUCCAAAUCCUCUGUGGAUACAACCGGUGGCCUUCGGAAACGCUCCAUCAGUGAUCACUUCCUGCGGCGCACAGCCAGUGCCCCAGCAAAGGGUCGGAAGAAAACCAAGAUGGCACUAUCAGAGUCAGUGGCCUCGAUAUCAAGCCACAAGAAUGGCACAGGUGCAGUAGGAGAGGACAUGUCAGGGAAGGAAAGAGUGGUGGAAAAGCGUUACCAACCCCGGGCCCCCCUCACCCACAGACCUAUCUCCAUGCCGUUAGACAGGCUUCUGCAAGGGCAGCUAUCCCUCUGCUCCUCGGACAAGGAACAGCUUGAAAUGGGUGCAGACACUGUCAUUGGAACGUUCCCCUUCGACAGGCCCAGAUCAUCUGUGGAUCUUCUCAUCAAAUCAUCAACUCCUAUUGAACAAAGCAUCUCUUCCCCUUCUAAAACAUGCAUCAACAAAAAUAAUGAACUUGACCAAUCAGAGGAGGCUUCUUAUAUGGUCAUUGGUGGAGGAGAAGUAAGAAGUGAAGAAGACUAUGUCAAUUACCAGUCAGAAGGCAAUAAAGUCAACAAAGCAAAGAUGAUCUUCAUAGAGACAGAAAGAAAUAGUUUCAGCUCACCUUCCACAAGCAAACAGAUAAGACCAGAUAAACCAGAAACGUCAUCAAACAGCACAACAUUCACAGUUGCACCUUCAGUCUCCUCCUCCUCUGCCCCUUCCUCUGUGACCCCUAUUUCCCCUAUCAGUAUGGACUGUGAUCUGAAGAGUCCCAGCUCUUUGCAUGACAGCACCAUCUCCAGACUCAUUGAUGCCGUGUCCUUAGGCAAUGAGCAAGACACACGUGGCUCUAUUUCUGCUCUGAUUGGUCAGUUUGAAAGCACUGUUGACCAAAAUAAUUUCACAUUAACCCAUGAUCAUACCCCUUCUCAUAACUCAAACUUUAGGCCUACCACCCCUAAAGCGCUGCACGAUUUUAAGUCUCCUCUGAAGACCAACACAGCAUCUGCUAGUAAGAAACACCUGAUAAGUCCCCAAAUGUUAGCUCAAACAACAAAUAAUGUAAACCAUGAAAUCCAUUCACCACAUAAGAUUUGUCAGACAGACCUGCCUGCUCCUGCCCUUCUUUCGAGCCCAGAAACCACUGAGCUUGAGGAGGUGUACACCAUUCUGGAUGAGGAGGUACUGUUGCCUGUAUCAGUGUACAACCUGAAGAAAACCCAUGUUCAGGCAGACACUAUGGAUGGUACACCCUCAAACAGCUUGGGCUCCUCUCCAGCGAAGGUGGUUCAGGGUUUAGGGAAAGGACACAAUGUGGGCUGGGAUGGUAUGCACAGAAACAAGUGUGGAAGUGAAGAAGUUGGGGAGGCAGAGGAGAGUGUGUAUGAGGAGGUGUAUGAUCCACCAGCACCAGUACUAGAGCUAGAGAAGGGUACUUCUAAAAGGCAUAUGGGCUCCUCUGUAAACAUUGAUUGUUUGCAGUUUUACCAUGACUCAGCUGAGCAUGCUUUGGCAGAAGUGGAGAUAAAUGUUGAUGAGGAUCCUUUGGAAAUGGUGCUGACCUUGCCGAGACAAGGCCACCCAUGGGAAAGGCUCACAAGUCCCACUAAACGCCAUGCUAUUUACCAAGGCAAUGAGUCCACUCCCAAAAACUCCCAACAAAAACAGCCUAUGUCAUACCAUCAUCCUCAACAACAGUACCCAUCAUAUGCACCCAGUAUACCAUUUUCACAGUGUCCCUCCCCAAUUAAUCAACCGUCCUAUCCACUGUCCAACCAUCUCCAACAUCAGUCCAACUCCUGGCUUUCUCCCUUCCACAGACCCUUUGACUCUAGAUCUUCCAACCCCAGCCCACUGCGUCAGAACAGCUAUCCCAUCCCUCAAGGCAAUCCUGAGGCUUUUAACAAUAGAGACUUCAAUAUGUCCUAUACACAACAAAGGAGCUAUGGCCAGAUCUUAAACAGAUCUCAUCAAGAUAGACAAGGGUAUAGACAAAUAGAGAGGGAGCAAGAAAGGUGUUUCCACAAUGGGUUCUCCUCUUCUGAAAGUCUCCCUGGCCAAUCUGCCAGUGGAGGCAGAGGCCUAUAUUCCCCUUCCUCAGACUUUGAUACAGUGUACAGCCACCUGGACUAUGACUGCAUUACACUGUCAUUGGAAAUUCCAGCUCCUGGAAACACACAACGACAAAGCCAAAGUCAAACACAAUCAUACAACACAAACCCAAAGCAGUCAUGGACCCAAAAUGUUUCCCUCAUUAAUACUGGGCACCAGUCAAAGCCUGAAACCAAAGUUUCUCUACAAUCCAAAUUAGGGCCUUCAACCCAUCCCCCGCCUGGUACCAUAGAUUCCACAGCCCCCAGCCCAUGUAAGUCCAAGUCCCUGGGAGACCUGACCUCUGAGGAUAUAUCAUGCAACUUCCAGAGCAAAUACCACAUCAUUAGCCGUAGUUUCAUCACUCCACAUAUGAGGAAACAAAAGAGGAUGGGUACCAUGGGGGAAGUAACUUUCCAAUCACAGUCUUGUGAUCCACUUACAGAACAGCUACGUAAACUGGUCAGUCUGGAGGGGGAUGACAGUGAAAAAGUAAGGCUUCAGCCUCCUCAGUUGUGUCAGGACACAAAAUUCCCACUGGAACACCCACAGACAACAAGCAAAGUACCCUCUGCUCCCAGGAAUAUAGAUGAUUCCCCUCCACUCCUUACGCGUCGCCUAUCCUCUCGGAGCCAAAGCCGAGUGCGUCACAUCAACAGUCGUGCACGUGAAAGACAGCAAGAGGCUCUAAAGCCUCGGCCGGGUGUAGUAGGGAGUAGUACUUCCAGCAUUGGUGGGGUUGUAUUGAGGAAUAAAUCAGCCUCACAGAAUCCACCAGCUAACAGACACUCUACUGGCUCUUACAUAGCAGGUUAUCUUGGCCAGCUGGAGGACAGGGGACUUCCUGAAGGAGCUUGUACAUCAUUACGUUAUGGAAAUGGGGACCACUAUGGAGACCGUUACUAUACAGAUGACUCUCUUCCACCCGCAGAUUCAUCCCACUUUCCGUCAGAGCCUGAGGUCUACUUUUUGCUCAGACUAUAGCCCUGACCAUAACCUAAAAUGAGAUUAAGGAAGAGUGAUUCUUGAUAAUGUUUGGUUACACCAAAAGCCAGAUGAUCAAAGAAGUAAAUACUUGCCAUUGUUCAUUCCUAUAUUCUCAAAGAAUUCAGUUUAAUUCAUAACUUAUUUCAAGAUAAGAUACAGUCGAUAUAAGUGAAACAUCACAUAUAAUCAAACAUAUAAUGGAUCUGACAGCAUGAAUUCCAUGUAUGAAAUGUCCCCUAUUCAGUAGUGGGUGGUCUAUUUGGUCUGGCAGUGUAUUGUCUAUAUUAUGCUUCAUGUGUAAAUGUACUUGGGAAUUUUGGUUCCCUCCAAAUGGCUUCCUAGACUGAUACUGUAUAGAUACUGAUUAUCUUUGUCCCUGUGGUGUACUGUCCAAACUGUGUACAUUGACUAUGAAGCAAAAAAAGAAGGAUUGAAGUUUAAGCAGAGAGGAAAUGUCUUUCUUUGUAUCAUUUGGAUGUGUAGAAUAAUCAAACAGCUAAUUUUAAUAGAUGGAGUUCAUCUUUUCAAAGGUCAAAUGUAAGUCUUCCUUCUCUUUUCAGUGGUAUUUCUUUAUUUGUGUUGUGUGUAAAUAUUCCUGUCAUUGUUUUUAAUCUGAGAUGGGUUUUAAUUGAGAACCAGUUCUAACUGUACAUUUAUGUUUUUGUGCAUGUUACCUGUGAACAUGUCAAGCAUGACUAUGCACCAAUUUAUACAAUAGAUGUUGCAUUGCCCAACAACAUUUGCACAGACCAAAUACAGUAGUUGCAUUGGAAACAACAGAGGAUGUAGGCCUAUAUUGCAAUACAGUAAACUUCUGUGCUUGGACUUACUGCUCUCUAUGAUUUGUAGACUUUGAAAAAUUGAUUGCAAAUGAUAAAUUUGGAAUUUAAAGCAUUUUAUUUUUAUAAUUGCUUUGAUACAGACUGCAAAAAUAAUAUCUUGUUGGUUCUGGUUGUUUUAUUUUGUAUAACUUACGGUAAUUGAACAAAAACAGAGUGAUAUCUAUACAGGCUUAGGAAGGGAGGGUGGCAAAGCUGCAGGUUUUUUUUUUAUUGUUUCAGUCCAUUCUUUUUUCUUUCUAUUGUUGCUCAUCGGAAGAGUGUGAGCAUUUUCCUACCAAUGCAAUAAAAUAUUGAAAUAUUUGAUUUCAACAAAUUCAAUGUUUAUUUCUUGUUAUAGUCAAAAUGUUGGAUAGCAACAGUGUAACAUUGCAACAUAUUUAUUGAAAGUCACAAACAUGGCCUCCA